UAUUGUAUCUUGAUUUGAUGUGGAUAUUGAAGAUAAUAACGAACGAAUUGGCGAGAAAAAUUUAUGCGAAUAAAAUUUUAAUAUAUAUCUUGUUAUGUUAAUUUUUGAAUGAUCAGUUCUCUUUGUAUCGUCCAAUUACAAUAUGUGUUAAAUUACACAAACGUCUCAGUUUAAGUAACUAUCAAAAUGUCUGAAAAUUCGAAGGAGGAAAUAGUAAGGGAUGCUGAAAAUAAAAUUAAUAACGCAUUUUCCACUGAUUUAUUAGAUGUUUUUAUUGACGAAUUAGAAAUAAAUGAAAAAGUAAGACAAAUAAAACAUGAAGCAAAUUGUAUAAAUGGAACUGAUAAAAUUGUUACAUUACUUAGAGCAGUUACUUUUGUUGAUUUAACUUCCUUGGGAGGCAAUGAUACAGCUGUUACAAUUGAAAAAUUGUGCAAAAAAGCUUUAAAUCCUAUUGAUGACCUGAAGUUUAAUUGGGAUGAACCAUUGCAUACAGCAGCCGUAUGUGUUUAUCCAUUAAGAAUACAAGAUGCUAUAAAAGUGUUACAGAAUAGCGACGUAAAGCAUAACAUUUCUGUAGCUUCUGUAGCUGCAGGAUUUCCCUCUGGUCAAUAUCCUUUGGAAACACGUCUUGGGGAAAUAUAUUAUGCAGCAAAAAUUGGAGCUAAAGAAAUUGAUAUUGUAAUUAAUCGGCCAUUGGCAUUAGAACAUAAAUGGAAAGAUCUAUAUAACGAAUUAAGAACAAUGCGCAAAGCAUGUAAUACCACAUGUAUGAAAACAAUACUUGCUACAGGAGAACUAUUUAAUUAUUAUAAUGUAUAUAAAGCUUCAAUGGUAGCUAUGAUGGCUGGUAGUGAUUUUAUUAAAACAUCUACUGGAAAAGAAACUGUAAAUGCCACUUUAUCUGCCGGAAUAGUUAUGUGUAAAGCUAUAAAAGAUUACUAUGCACAGACGGGGAAAAAAGUCGGCUUUAAGCCAGCUGGAGGUAUUAAGACUGCAUCGGAUAUCUUAGAAUGGAUGACAUUAAUUAAUAAAGAAUUGGAUGAUUCAUGGUUAAAUAAAAAAUUAUUUAGAAUUGGUGCAUCCAGUGUACUGGAUAGUAUUGCUAAUGAAAUUAAUUGUACAAUUAGCUGUGAUGGCAAAUAAUCUAUGAGUAGAUUUUAUAUAUUUUAGAAAGUGUUACUUCAUGUAAAUGUAUUAUAAUAAAUUCAAUUUAGAUCA